AUGGAUGCUCUAGCCAGACGAGGCGUGAAGCAGCUCAAGAUCAGUGCCGUAUGCUCAGCUAGAGAUAGUGUUGAAGAAACAGGCAAUUUGCUGUCAUCUUUUGCAGAGUCUAUGAAUUUGCCUUUCGUGUUGAUGUUUCUGCAUCUGGAGACCUGGGAGUUUGAGAAGGAUCGUCUGCAGUUGGAAGCCGGUGAAACAGUGGCCGUUUUCAUGGAGUUCUGUCUCAUACCAUUAUCAGAUCGCCCCGAGGGUAUUGGAGCUUUACUAAGAGGGAUCAAGGAUCUCAAACCUCUCGUUUUGAUAGUUGUUGAUGUGGAGACAGAUAUCAAUGCACUGGAUUUUGCUCCUCGGUUCAAGGAGGCGCUCCUUCUCAUGUGUGCCUUGGUUGACAGCCUAGAGGCCUGCCUGGAACGGGAAAACCAGUACAGAAAGAUAGUGGAGAAGAUAUACUUUCAGGAGGUGAUCUGCAAUGGCAUUAUGCGUGAAGAUGGUGGUUUUAAGCGAUGUUUUAAGAUUGAUUUGUGGAGGGAAUACUUUGCAGAGUUCGGUCUAGUGGAGACGGAGCUCAGCCAGCCAUCUAUGCAUCAGGCAAGAUUGAUGGUGAAAGGAAGUCCUUGCUGGAGUUCCUGCACACUCAAAAUGAACGGGAAAAGUAUGAUUAUUGGCUGGAACGGGAUCCCAAUUCGGUUUGUGUCUGCUUGGAAGUUCAGCAAUGAUGAAGGUGAGGAAAAGCUCUGA